UGGUUGGCGGAAGGAAUCCAAUAGUAGCUGAAAACCAACGCUGUCCUCCCAAGGCUGGCCCGCUGUCAUUGACUUGUCGACGUCGUGGGGGUGAGACCGAAUCCAGCAAAGUAGGAAAAGGGAGGGGAGAAACUUCUUUUACUUCCGCGCGGCGAUCUCCACUCCCGUCCAAACCCAUCCAACUCACCGCCCAAGGUCGCCGCGGAUCCAGUAGCCUCGUCGGAGCGGAGAUGAAGAUCACGGCGCUCGUCGUGCUGAAGCCGUCGGCGGGAGGCGCCGGGGGCUCCUCCUCCAGCGGCGGGCAGGGCUCGGAGGCGCUCGUGCUGGCCAACGCCACGGACGUCAGCCACUUCGGCUUCUUCCAGCGCGGCGCCGCCCGCGAGUUCAUCGUCUUCGUCGCCCGCACCGUCGCCCAGCGCACCCAGCCCGGCCAGCGCCAGUCCGUCCAGCACGAAGAAUACAAGGUUCACUCACACAACAGAAAUGGCCUCUGCGUGGUGGCAUUCAUGGAUGAUCACUAUCCUGUACGAAGUGCAUUUUCUCUUCUGAAUAAGGUACUUGACGAAUACCAGAAGGCUUUUGGGGAUGCUUGGAAAGCUGCCACAGCAGAUUCCACUCAAGAGUGGCCUUUCCUGAUGGAAGCUUUGACAAAAUUUCAGGAUCCUGCAGAGGCUGACAAGUUAACAAAAAUCCAGAGGGACUUGGAUGAAACAAAAAUUAUCCUACAUAAAACUAUAGAGAAUGUCCUUCAAAGAGGAGAGAGGUUGGAUAGCUUGGUUGAAAAAAGCUCAGACCUGAGUGCUGCUUCACAGAUGUUCUAUAAGCAGGCGAAGAAAACAAACAGUUGUUGUACUAUACUUUGAAGUUUGAAGUGUGAUCCUGCAAUUAUCUUGGAAGGCUCCAGGUUAAUGCUGUUUUCCGACAAAGAUCCUGAUACUGUUAUACUUGCUCCUUGUACCUUCAGUUACGCCUCUGCUCCCGUUUCUCAGAAAGAAAAUCAACCGGAUAUUGUUGUGCUGUACUAAGUCUGGUUGCCCAUGAAAGUGUCUGUGAGGCACGGGAUCAAUACUGUAAAUCUGUUAUUCUUUGGUGACGCCUUCGAAUAGCAACUAACAUCACUUAGCAAUGGCCAACAUCAUUGUCUUCCCUGCUUAGAUUGUCGCUAUCUCAUUUCUCAAGUAUGUUGGAGCACAGUUGCUGCCCUUACAUUAUGUACUGUAUGUUGGAACACUGGUUGCUCAUAAUUUAUGUUGUGAUAUUGUUGAA